AUGAGACAACCAGGUUAAGAAUUCAGAGUUGAUCCAAGCAAAUCAACUGUUUUUGAGGUAGGAACUCUUCCCUAGUUGCCUUGGGAAGUAUAACAAGAGUCAGAGAGAUAUCUAUCAAACAAUAGUAUCAUGAAACAGCACAAGUUCUGUGCCAAUCUAUGUAUUAACUUCAAAACCGGAUCUGAAUUACUUAGAGAGGAAUAAAACUGCAUGCAGACUUGCUUCUCUAAAUACCAAUCAGCAAUGGACUCAUAUUACAAUGAGAGAAAUAUCUUCCAAAGCUAACUUGCUGAUCUCAAGGCAAGAGGCUUGGACGUUUACGAGGCUAGAGAUAUUUGA